GUCAAAUGCCACGUUGUAUCGAAUACAUACACCAUUGAGCUGUUCACAACAACAGCUGUAACGUGUUCCCAGCAGAAGAAUACUGUAAAAAAUAAUUUUGCAAUAACUGUUUAAAAUGGAUUAUAGAAAUUAUAUUAUAUUUUUAGGAUUAAUUUUGAGUUUAAAUUACGUUUGCUGCCAAUAUAGGACCAAAAACACCCAAGGCUCUUCCUUGUCAGAUCGUGUACAACAAUUAACAGAAUUGGCUCUGACAAGACCUGUAAUAAAGUUUAAUGGUGCAAAAUUUAAAGAAUAUGUGCGCACUACGCCAAGAAACUAUUCUGUUAUAGUCAUGUUUACUGCUAUGGCACCACAAAGACAAUGUCAAAUAUGCAGACAUGCAAAUGAUGAAUUCGUUAUAGUGGCAAAUUCAUUCAGAUACUUGCAGUCCCACUCAAAAAGACUAUUCUUUGCUUCUGUAGAUUUUGAUGAAGGAUCAGAUGUUUUCCAAAUGAUGAGAUUAAGUACUGCUCCAGUAUAUAUGCACUUUCCACCAAAAGGUAAGCCAAAGCCGGCAGAUACCUUGGACAUCCAAAGAAUAGGAUUUGGGGCAGAAGCCAUUGCAAAAUGGAUAUCUGAACGCACUGAUAUUCAGAUUAGAGUAUUUAGACCUCCAAACUAUUCUGGUACAGUAGCAAUAAUAAUGUUACUAGUACUUAUUGGAGGUUUCCUUUACGUGAGACGUAAUAACUUAGAUUUCAUUUACAAUAAAACAAUAUGGGGACUUGGUGCAAUGUUCUUUACCCUUACAAUGACAUCUGGACAAAUGUGGAAUCACAUUAGAGCACCUCCAUUUAUACAUAAAUCAGCUAGUGGAAAUGUGGCCUACAUUCACGCUUCGUCUCAAGGGCAAUUUAUUUUGGAAACAUACAUAGUGAUGGUUUUAAACGGUGCUGUAGUAUUAGGUAUGAUUUUAAUAACUGAAGCUGCAUCUCGUAAAGGUGAUGUAAAAAAACGGCGAAUAUUUGCUGCUAUAGGCGCUGGAUUAGUCGUCAUUUUCUUCAGCCUGUUAUUAUCCAUAUUUAGGAAUAAAGCACAGGGGUAUCCUUACAGUUUGCUAUUCAAGUAAGAGGUUUAAGAGUAGGAAGUCAUCAUUUGUAUAUAUUGCAAAAGAAACUUUCAACUUGCCCAUCAAUAUUAAACACUAAGCUGCAAAAAAAAGGAUUUGAGGAUAAUACUUGAACUCCCGUCAUUGUUAAAAGUGUUGUACCAUAAUCACGAUUUAAAUUUGUUUGUACGUACUGUAAAAUAAAUUAAUAUUUAAAAUCACUA